AUGGCCAAUCCAGGGGCAUAUGAAGAACAUCUCCCGGCCGUGCCCGCAUGGCUAAACAAAGGCGACAACGCCUGGCAAAUGACGGCUGCCACUCUAGUUGGCCUCCAGAGCAUGCCGGGACUGGUAAUCCUGUAUGCCAGCAUUGUGAAGAAGAAAUGGGCAGUAAAUUCAGCUUUCAUGGCGCUCUACGCCUUUGCAGCCGUCCUAAUAUGUUGGGUUCUACUUUGCUACCGCCUCGCCUUUGGUGACAAGCUCUUGCCUUUCUGGGGCAAGGGCGCCGUUUCUCUAGGUCAAAGCUACCUCAUCAAGCGCGCGUCUAUACCAGAAAGCACACACCGUUAUGCCAAUGAAACGAUUGAAUCUCCUAUGAAUCAGCCAUUUUUUCCGAUGGCGUCUCUAGUGUACUUCCAGUUCACCUUUGCAGCCAUUACGACCGUUCUACUAGCGGGUUCUGUGCUUGGUCGGAUGAAUAUCAAGGCUUGGAUGGCUUUUGUUCCUCUCUGGCUCACAUUUUGUUACACUGUUGGAGCAUUCAGUUUGUGGGGUGGGGGCUUUCUUUAUCACUGGGGUGUCAUUGAUUAUUCUGGUGGCUAUGUUAUUCAUCUUGCAUCAGGGAUUUCUGGUUUCACCGCUGCUUAUUGGGUCGGUCCAAGGUUGAAAACUGAUAGGGAAAGAUAUGUUCCAAACAAUAUUUUGCUGAUGCUCGCCGGCGCCGGAUUGCUAUGGAUGGGAUGGUCAGGCUUCAAUGGUGGAGCUCCUUAUGCUGCAAAUAUAAUUUCUUCAAUAGCUAUAUUAAACACAAACAUUUCAGCUGCAACGAGCCUUCUUGUAUGGACAACCCUUGAUGUUUUUUACUUUGGAAAGCCAUCAGUCAUUGGAGCUGUUCAAGGAAUGAUAACUGGCCUUGCUUGCAUAACACCCGGCGCAGGAGUGGUUCAAUCGUGGGCGGCAAUUGUAUAUGGAAUGCUUUCUGGUAGCAUUCCAUGGUAUUCAAUGAUGAUUCUUCACAAGAAGUCCACUUUGCUACAAAAGGUUGAUGACACCUUGGCCGUCUUCUACACACACGCGGUGGCCGGAAUUCUAGGCGGCCUUUUAACUGGUCUAUUCGCAGAACCCGACCUUUGCAAGAUGAUACUGCCAGUAAAAAACACCAAGGGUGCAUUCUAUGGCAACGGCAGCCAAUUUGUCAAGCAAUUAGUUGCAGCACUUUUUAUAAUUGGUUGGAAUAUAAUGUCAACGACAAUAAUUCUUUUGUUAAUCAGAAUUUUGAUACCUUUAAGAAUGCCAGAAGAACAGCUUAUGAUUGGAGAUGAUGCAGUUCAUGGAGAAGAAGCCUAUGCCCUUUGGGGAGAUGGGGAAAAAUAUGAUGCCACACAACAUGGUUGGCAUAAUUCAGCUCAUGUUGAGAUGUUGGCACAACCUGGGGGUGCUAGAGGAGUCACUAUUAAUUUAUAA